AUGACGGCAAUAGUUGGUACAAACACUAAUGAUAUUGUGGAUCUUAAUAUUUAUAUGAUUCCGAAAACAUUUCGUGAUCCGGUUCUUGCAAAAGAUUGUUAUAUUUAUGAACGAGAAAAAAUUUCUGAUUGGAUUCAAAAGCACCAUAUCAGUCCAUUUACCGGACAACGAUUAUCUGUUUCUGAUUUACAACCUGAUAAUCGUUUGCAACGUUUAGCUGCACAACAGCAAGAUGAAGAAGCAUACGAAAAUUUUGGAGAGAUGAUGAUCCCUUGUGUUUCUCCUGCAACACCACUCAUAGAAGAUAAUUCAUCUGAAAGUAGUCGAGGAUCUUCGAAGGAUAGUAAAACUGGUUUCAUUCUUAUUAUUUGCUUGUCAAUUUGUCUAAUCGUUUUUAUUCUCGGAAUUACAGUAGUUGGAUUUAAAUUUUAUUUAGCAGGUAAUUCGAAUUACAUUAUACGUAUGUGCUAA